CAAGCAUGCCCUCAUCCAAGAUGGCGCAUAUGGCGCACCAUCCGGCGAGUAUAAGUUUGUUGUGUUUUUUUUUAAUCAGUUCGCUAUGACGGUACGACUCAACACUCGGUUGCUAUUAAGACUAGUUGCCACCACCCAAUGUUUUACCAAACGUGCACUUUGCGUCGAUUCCAAAGCAAGAAAAGUUACAGUCCUUGGAUCAGGGAAUUGGGGGACUGCAAUUGCUCGUAUUAUUGGAGACAAUGUGAGAAAGAAGCCUCAUUUGUUCCACAACAAAGUCCAGAUGUAUGUGUACGAUUCCUUGAUCAAUGGAAGAAAGCUCUCUGAAAUAAUCAACACAGAGCAUGAGAAUGUGAAAGACUUACCAGGUUUUAAAAUCCCUCCUAAUGUGAUUGCUAACCCAAAUGCUGCUAAUUCUGUUGAAGAUGCAGAUAUUCUGGUUUUUAAUAUGCCACCAAUGUUUCUAGAUUCUGUCUGUCAGAAGAUCAAAAGCAGUAUCAAGCCUGAUGUGCUUGCUAUCUCUUUGAUUAAGGGUUUGGAUCACAGAAAGAAAGGCCUUCAUCUGGUGUCAAAUCAAAUCAAGGAGAGUCUUGGUCUUCAGCAUGUCAGUGUCAUGAUGGGAGCUAAUCUUGCUGAUGAGGUUGCCAAAGGGUUUUUCUCAGAAACAACUAUAGGUUCAAGGCUAGAGGAACAUGGAUAUAUCUUCAAAGAGCUUCUCAACCAGCCAUAUUUCAAAGUAAAUGUUGUCAAAGAUGUUGAGACUGUAGAAUUCUGUGGGGCAGUCAAGAAUAUAAUUGCAAUGGGAGCUGGUAUCAUUGAUGGCCUAGGAUAUGGCAAUAAUACAAAGGCUGCGAUCAUUAGGACUGGUCUAGAAGAGGCUUAUGAGUUUUCUCGUGCCUUCCUAAAUGAGUCAAACAUGGCAACAUUUUUUGAGUCAUGUGGCUUUGCUGAUUUCAUUGUUACCUGUUAUGGUGGCAAGCACAGACUGGCUGGAGAGUCAUUUGUUAAAAUGAACAAGCCAUUCAGUGAGCUACAGGACGUUGUUCCUGAGCUCAAGUUCCGCAGGCUUCCUGGGCCAGACUCUCUUGAAGCAGUGUACCACUUGGUCCGACAGGAGCAGAUAGAGGACAAGUUCCCAUUAGUAACAUCUCUGUACAAGGUUUGUUUUGAGGCACACCAUCCUACCGAGUUGAUCGCUGCUUUGAAACGACACGAAGAGUUUCCUGUGUUGUGACCCAAUGACUAGCUCUCCUGCGUGAAGACUUCUUUUCUUGACCUUCUAUGACUGUCUGUUCUACAUAAAGAGUUCCCUUCGCUGUGAUACGAUGACUGGCUCUCCUGCGUGAAGACUUCUUUUCUUGACAUUCAAUGACUGUCUGUUCUACACGCGAGAUGUCUUAGCUGAUAUUCGAUGACUAUCUGUUCUACGUGAGGAGAUGCUUUUGCUGGCAUUCGAAUACUGUCUGCCCUUCAUACAUAAAGAGUUGCCUUUGCUGGCAUUCGAUAACCACUGUCUACGUGAAGAGUUCCCUCACAAUCGAUGACUGUCUGUUUUACAUGACUCAUGUAAAACAGAAAAGAAAAGAAUUCAAUUUGUUGUGAUUCAAUGACUGUCUGUUCUACAUCCAUCACUGUUACACUCAAGUAUUUAUCUGGGUGAGGGGAUGAGAAGUUCGCAUUUGCUUUGAAAAAGCAGUCUGGUAAGAAGAAGUUAUUUAUUUAAUGGCAAGGAGCUUUUUGUUAAGGCUCAAAGAAAGAGAAAUAGGGAAAUUAACUGAUGUCCACAUUAUAUAGCAUGUAUUAUGGCUGAUAAUGAAGUGACUAGGAGCGAAUAAAAAGUUGUUAAACAUC